CCCCUGCUCCCCUUGCCAAGCCUCCAGGCGGCAAAUCCUCAACAUCCGUUGCCUAUCCCUCCUAAAGGUCCGCCAGGCCCCCGCAGGCUUUGGUGUCUACGCCGGGAUAUUCAGGUGUCGCUGUCGACGGCACCAGACCGAAUGACUGACAUGGACUUCAACGGGUUGAAGCGCAAGGACACAACAAAAGGGCCGCCUCUGCGCAUCCUGUCGCUUGAUGGAGGAGGCGUGCGCGGCUACUCCAUGUUUCUAAUCCUCCAGGAGCUCAUGCACCGAACGUUUGUCGAAAUCGAAGGCCGGGCACCGCGACGAUCCGAGAUCCCCAAACCAUGCGACCACUUCGACCUCAUUGUCGGCACCGGUACUGGCGGCCUAAUUGCCCUCAUGCUGGGCCGGUUGCGCCUCGAUAUCGAAACAUGCAAGGAGUUAUACGUCCGCCUCACCCGCAUGGUCUUCGAAACCGACAAGACCAUCGCCGGCAUCCCCUACCGAUCGACCCUGUUCAAGGCGACAAAGCUGGAGGAGGCGAUCAAGGAGUGUGUCCGGGAGCACACCGUCUACGAAAAGGAGGGAAAUGAUGGCUCCGAUGUGGGGAGCACAUAUGAUUCGCUGAGCCCGGUCUCCCGCUCGAGCGCAGCAUACCCUAGGCGGCACGCCAGCAACGCCAGCGUCUUGAGCUUCAGCGCGCGGAGCCCCAGCGCGCAGGCCGCGAGACCGGUGUUUUCCCGCAAUGGCAACCCAAAUGCUCGCCUGUAUGACGAGCGGGAAAAUCGAACCAAGACUGCCGUGACGGCCGUUUACAAGGGCACCCCGAAAGGUGGGGCACCGGCCAUGCUCCGCUCUUACGAUUCCAGGCGGGAGCCGGCCCCCGAGUUCGACUGUAAGAUCUGGGAAGCCGGACGUGCGACUUGCGCCAUCGGCCUCGCGUUCAAGCCCAUCCAGAUUGGGCAGUCCGUGUUUCACGACGAUGGUGCGGGCACGUUUAACCCGUCCAUAACAGCACUCGACGAGGCGGUCGUCAACGAGUGGCCGGGCCGGGAGGUUGGCGUCUUCGUCAGCGUGGGCACCGGGAAGCGACCAAGGGGUAGCGACGCAAAUUCGGCGCUGUGGUACGAGGGCUUUCUCGGCGAGUUUGCCGAGGCGCGGAGGAAGCUGAUCGCAAAGAUUGAGGGUUGCGAGAAGAUCCACGAGCAGAUGAAGAGGGAACACCUGUCGAAGCGGGGCGUCAACAUCGAGAACUACUACCGCUGGAAUGUCGAGGUCGGUGUCGGCGAGUUUGGCAUGAAUGAGUGGAACCGGCUGGCGGACAUCAGCACGAAUACCAGGAGGUAUCUGGCUAGGGAGGAAGAGCAGAAGAUGGUCCAGAGCGCGUCGGCAAAGUUGGCCAAGAUCCACUUUGCAAAGCAGCGCUGGGAGCGCCUCAGCCAGGCCAGCCCGGAGGCGGCGCAAAAAGUCCCCCAGAUCUCGCUGCCCCUGGCGGCGGAGCUGCCGGGAGACAUUCCCCCCGUGCCCGCUCGCGCCCCAACCCCAGCCUCGCCAAGCCGACAGUCGUACGACUCGGGCCACGAUAUAUUGCCAGUGCGGGGAUCUACGCCUUCUCCGAGGAGCUCUUGCGAGCCGCCACGACAAUCACCCCAGCCGAACCAGCUGCCGUAUCCGCCCGCGCCCCCCUCUGGCGGCCACCCGCCAGCAGCACCGAGCCACUUUGCGGACGGCGCGGCCGAGGACUCGGACCGCCUAGUGGUCAGUGCCCCGACGCCGGCGCAAUACCGGAUCGCCACGGGCGCGGAUAAGAUCGCGAUCGCGGGGCCGGACGACUACCCCAGGCGAUACGAUGAUCCGCUGAUGCAGCCCGCGCCGUUGCGGGUGCGGCCGCCGUCGGUACCACCCCCGCUACCCCCAAAAACACCGCUCCCGGAGAUCCAGGCUGGCCAUGGCCGAGCGUCUGCCCCUGUGUUGCCUUAUCCUCUCGACGAGGACGCACCGCCGGCGGUCAAUAUGGCGAGAAAGCCAUACUACUACAGCUCGAAUUAGUUGCUAAAUUCGUCUUCGCGAACGGAUUUGCCAUGAUUCCAUUCUGCUGGCGCUGACCGCGAUCAGCGAGGUCGACUUCUUUUUAUUUGUUUUGUUUUGUUCUUUUUUUCCCCGCUUCUUUCUCUUCUUCGAU